UCACGUGACUUUCUACCAGAGACCUAGUUUUGGAGUGCACCGGCGGGCAAGAAAACUAUAGCAGGCAGGCUGCCGUCAAGUUGACAUAAAAAUGGUGGCUUCGUCGGGAAAUGUAACCACUGCAUCAGACAUAGAUCAGGUGCAUGGUUACUAUAUGAUGUUCGGCACAAUGGUAUUAUUCACUGGAGUGAACCUCUUCAUAACUAGACUUGGCACCCCUAAGACAGUUCGUGAAGAUCCCUGGCGAUGGAAGAAUAUCUUAAUUUCGUGGGUGCAUGCAUUGAUUUGCGGCGUUUGGGAUAUUUUAUGUCUCGUAUUGUAUCCAGAACUAUUUGGUGACUUGAUUCUUCAUAUAAAUUACUUCACUUUUCUCAUGAUACCCUUUUCAACAGGGUAUUUUCUCUAUGAUUCCAUUGAUAUGCUGAUCAACAAGAAACUACGCCAAAACUGGGAGGUCACGGCACAUCAUAUUGCUGUGGCGUCCAUGUUUUGGUUCAAUUUCCAUCAGAAGUUAUGUAUAGGGUAUAAUGUUUUGGCACUGAUGGCUGAAGUAAACAGCUUCUUCCUGCACACCCGCAAGUUGCUACAGAUGAUCCAGGUAGAUUAUAACUCUGUAUUUUAUAAGUUGGUGUGCCUCUGUAACAUUGUGACAUUUUCCUUUUUUCGAGGUUACUCAAAUUCACGAAUAUUAAUUGGAAUGUACAUAGAGUAUGACAGAGUCCCGAGCUUUUAUUACAAAUGUCUUACGAUGUCAAUGUCUUGUAUGACUCUAAUCAACAUUUUCCUGUUCUGGAGGCUGCUGAAGAGUGAUUUCCUCCGCAAUCGGGUGAACAAAUCAGUCAACCCCGGUGUCAAAUCAAUCAAUUCAGAAAGUAACAUGAAUGGUGAUCGCCACAUGGCACACGUGAAAAAGGAAUAAUGCGGAAAUCUUGAAUAGAUGAUUGGAGAUCAAAAGUGUUGAGCUGUGAUGAAGUCUACAAAUGAACAGAAGUUUGAAGGAAUUUUGUUCAUAUACUUAAUGUACGCUAUGUAAAUUAACUAACGUGUACUGAGUUCAGAGGAGAGGUAUGAUUGACAUUAGGGAGAAGAGGAAUAACGAACAAGGAGAAAGGCUGCCUAUUUCAUUUCAUGUCCUGUAAGUUCCAGUAGUAUAUAUUGUCCCAGUAUUAAGGAAGUAAAUUAUAGACUUUCGGUCUCGGCAUUCAAAAGUGUAAACACAGCGAAUUGAUGUAGACUACUAAUGUAGUGUCAAGACUGCUAACCCAAUGUAUCAGUUUUUUUGUUUUUUUUACUAAAACUCUUCAAAUAAAAUGUUCUGUUCUGAAGUA